AUGGCGUUGAGAUUAUUAUCGAAGGCUAGAGUGGUUCCCGAACUGCGAAAUGUGGCUUUCGCAAGCUCAGCGGCUGCUCCAGCUGAGCUUUCGGAUUUUGAUAUGCAGCACAAGACACCAGUUAUCAGAAAACAACAAUUAAUUCCCAAGGCACAGUACGGUGGUCGUCAUGCUGUUACCAUGCUUCCAGGUGGAGGAAUCGGUCCCGAGUGCAUGGGCUACGUCAGGGAAAUUUUUAAAUACAUUGGCGCACCGGUUGACUUUGAAGUGGUUGAUAUUGACCCAACAGUGGACAAUGAUGAUGAUGUACAGUAUGCCAUUACUACCAUCAAGAGGAAUGGUGUAGGACUCAAGGGUAACAUUGAAACCAAAAGUGAAGCAGCAUAUGUGACUUCGCGCAAUGUAGCGCUUCGUAAUGAGUUGGAUAUGUAUGCGUAUGUCUUGAACUGCAAAUCCUUCGCUGGAGUACCAACCAGGCACAAGGAUAUUGAUAUUCAAAUUAUCAGACAAAACACGGAAGGUGAAUAUGCUAUGUUGGAACACGAGUCAGUACGUGGCGUAAUCGAGUCAAUGAAAGUGGUUACAGCUAGUAACUCUGAGAGAGUUGCCAGAUUUGCUUUUGAAUUUGCCAAGAAGAAUGGCAGGAAGAAGGUGACAACCGUCCACAAAGCUAACAUAAUGAAAUUAUCUGACGGUCUCUUCUUGGAGACUUCUAGACGCCUGGCCAAGGAGUACCCAGACAUUGAGCACAAUGACAUGAUCAUUGACAACUGUUGCAUGCAGCUUGUUGCCAAGCCUCAUCAAUUUGACGUGAUGCUGAUGACGAACCUCUAUGGUUCCAUCGUAUCGAACGUUGUCUGUGGUAUUUUGGGAGGCGCUGGUCUCCUAUCUGGAAGAAACUAUGGAGACCACUAUGCUGUAUUCGAGCCCGGUACUAGGAAUACUGGUACCGCCAUUGCCGGCAAGAACAUAGCUAACCCGAUAGCUAUGAUCAACGCGUCUAUCGAUAUGUUGGAGCACCUCGGACAUCACUUCCACGCGGACCUUCUCCGUAGGGCUGUCAACAAAACUGUCAAUGUCGAUAGAAUCCUCACUCCCGAUGUCGGCGGAAGCAGUUCAUCCUCCGAAGUCGUGGACUCGAUAAUAGAUAAUAUAGAAACAGUGGCGAAAAACGAAAUUCCAAUUGUAUUGGCAUAA